UGAUGUGUUUUGCCUUUGGAGAAGAAGUCGCUACUUCCGCGUUCCUCAAACACGCGUGUUGCAGAGUUAAGAUAGUGGUUUACUGGUGUAUUAUACAGGAAUGGGUAAACUCAAGAAACAAAGUAAACGUAACACGUUUAAUUACAAUAAAAACAAAAAGAAACUGAAUAGGAAGUUAAGAAGAAAGGAGAAACCGCGCAUUGAAUGUCCUCAGAUACGUAAAGCUUGGGAUGACCACAAAACAGUGAAGCAAAAUCUACAAGACAUGGGGCUGUCACUUGGGACCAAGGGAUUGCUUCCUAUUAAAGCUAAAAAGGACACAAAAAGUGAACCAAUGGAGACAAAUGUGUUGAAACCCUAUGUCAUUAAAGAAAUGGAGGCAGAGGCCAGUCUCCGUGGGAAAAACAAAACCACAUGCUCCACUGACAUGACUGAAUAUGUUCAACAUAUGGUGAAGGAACACAAUGAGGAUUACAAGGCAAUGGCAAGGGACGAGAAGAAUUACUACCAAGACACGCCAAAGCAGAUCAAACGGAAAGUGGAAUUAUACAAACGGUGUCAUCCUGAGGAAUAUGCUGCGUUCAUUGCAUCUCUGCAAUCUCAGAAUUCUACAUGAUGUCAUGGUGAAGAACUGGUGUCUCAAACUGCUAUUCACUAUAUCGCCUGCAGAUAUCCUCAAUCCUGCUCAUGGAAGACCCACUGUCCUGCAAAGUCCAACCUGCUUCACCUCACCUUCAUGUGAUUUUCAAGAGAUCCUGAAGAGCUGAUUAGCAGGUUCAGGUGUGCUUGUUUAAAGUUGGAGCUAAACACUGCAGGACAGCGGGUCCCCUGCUAUGGCAUCUUCAUGACCACGUUAACUUUUAAGUGUUUAUAUGAAUCUAGUGAGCAACUUUAUUUGUAGAUGUAUAUAAGCUUUGCAUUUGUAAGUGUAUGCUGUGAAGUGAAAUGCAGACAUAAAAAAAAUCAUAGAAAAUUAGCUUAUUAAUUCUGACAUUUUAAUGGGAUACGAGAUGUAAUAAAUGCUGUUAUGUUAUCUAAUUGCAUUGUAGUUUGUGAACGCAGUCAUACAGUGGGUAUAGAAAAGAAUCAUCCCCCUUUAAAAUAAUCACAUUUUGUUGCUUUGCAGCCUGAAAUGAAGACGGACACAGUUUUGUUUUAUCCAGCUGUAUUUAUGCUUUACAACUUAUAACAUCCAAGUGAAAGAUAUAACUCCAACAUGUCAGAAAAAAAUAAAAAAAUUAAAAACCAGAGUCACUGAGUUGGGAAAAGGA